GCUGCUUUUCUCUACGUGCUUUGCACAUGCGCGACUGCUUUUCCCUUCUUCCUCCGCUUCCACUGGCGUCCACGGUUCGCGGAGCCGCCGCCAGCGCCGCGGAGAAGUCAGGAAGUUCAAGAUGGCCGCCACGGAGACCCCUUCGCUGCGGGAGCAAUCUGAGAUGGAUGAUGCUGAUAAUUCUGAAAAGAGUGUAAAUGAAGAAAAUGGAGAGGUAUCGGAAGACCAAUCUCAAAAUAAACACAGUCGUCACAAAAAAAAGAAGCAUAAACACAGAAGUAAACAUAAGAAACAUAAACAUUCCUCAGAAGAAGAUAGGGAUAAAAAACACAAGCAUAAGCAUAAGCAUAAGAAACACAAACGAAAAGAAGUUAUUGAUGCUUCUGACAAAGAAGGCCUGUCCCCUGCAAAAAGAACUAAACUUGAUGAUUUAGCUUUGCUGGAAGACUUGGAGAAACAGAGAGCCUUGAUCAAAGCUGAGCUUGAUAAUGAGUUGAUGGAGGGCAAGGUACAGUCUGGAAUGGGGCUCAUUUUGCAAGGCUAUGAGUCUGGCUCCGAAGAAGAAGGAGAGAUUCAUGAAAAGGCAAGGAAUGGAAAUAGGUCCAGUACCAGGUCUUCCAGUACACGGGGAAAACUUGAAAUUACAGACAACAAAAAUAGUGCAAAAAAACGAAGUAAGAGCAGAUCCAAAGAACGGACUAGGCAUAGGUCAGACAAGAGGAAAAGCAAGUUAGCUGUGGAAAUGGUGAGAGAGAAAGCAAACAGGAGCAAGUCCAAGGAGAGGAGAAAGUCGAAAAGUCCAUCCAAAAGAAGCAAGUCUCAAGACCAAGCAAGAAAGUCAAAGUCCCCUACCCUUAGACGGCGGUCCCAAGAGAAAGUGGGGAAGGCCAGAUCUCCUACUGAUGAGAAGAUUAAGAGUGAAGAGAAAGGUAAAAUAAAGGAUCGGAAAAAGUCACCAGUUGUAAAUGAAAGAAGUCGAGAUAGAGCUAAAAAAUCCAAGUCCCCAGUUGACUUAAGAGAUAAAUCCAAAGACAGAAGGUCAAGGUCCAAAGAGCGGAAGUCAAAACGAUCUGAAAUUGACAAAGAAAAGAAGCCAAUUAAGUCACCUUCAAAAGAUGCUUCUUCUGGGAAGGAAAAUAGGUCACCCAGUAGAAGACCUGGCCGUAGUCCUAAAAGAAGAAGUUUGUCUCCAAAACAACGAGACAAGUCAAGAAGAAGUAGGUCUCCGCUUCUCAAUGACAGAAGAUCUAAACAGAGCAAAUCACCUUCUCGAACUCUGUCUCCAGGCAGAAGGGCCAAAAGCCGGUCCUUAGAAAGGAAACGGAGAGAACCAGAGAGGAGACGACUUUCUUCUCCAAGAACACGACCUCGUGAUGAUCUCCUUGGCAGAUGCGAACGAUCGAAAGACGCCAGCCCCAUCAAUCGGUGGUCUCCAGCCCGAAGGAGAAGUAGGUCUCCCAUUAGAAGGCGAUCCCGUUCUCCACUGAGACGCAGCAGGUCUCCUAGAAGAAGAAGCAGGUCUCCUCGGAGAAGAGAUAGGAGUCGAAGGAGCAGGUCACGUUUGAGAAGAAGGUCUCGAUCACGGGGUGGUCAUAGGAGAAGGAGCAGAAGCAAAGUAAAGGAAGAUAAAUUUAAAGGAAGUCUCUCGGAAGGAAUGAAAGUUGAGCAAGAGUCUUCAUCUGAUGAUAACCUUGAAGAUUUUGAUGUGGAGGAAGAAGAUGAAGAGGCUCUGAUAGAACAGAGACGGAUACAGAGGCAAGCGAUUGUUCAGAAAUACAAAUAUCUUGCUGAAGAUAGCAAUAUAUCUGUGCCAUCUGAGCCAAGCAGCCCCCAGAGCAGCACAAGAUCACGAUCUCCUUCACCAGAUGACAUCUUGGAGCGGGUGGCUGCUGACGUAAAAGAAUAUGAGCGGGAGAAUGUUGACACCUUUGAAGCCUCAGUAAAAGCCAAGCAUAAUCUAAUGACUGUUGAGCAGAAUAAUGGUUCAUCUCAAAAGAAGCUUUUAGCACCUGAUAUGUUUACAGAAUCUGAUGAUAUGUUUGCUGCUUAUUUUGAUAGUGCUCGUCUCCGGGCUGCUGGCAUUGGGAAAGAUUUCAAAGAGAAUCCCAACCUCAGAGAUAAUUGGACAGAUGCGGAAGGGUAUUACCGUGUGAACAUUGGGGAAGUCCUAGAUAAGCGUUACAAUGUGUAUGGCUACACUGGGCAGGGUGUAUUCAGCAAUGUUGUGCGAGCCAGGGAUAAUGCAAGAGCCAAUCAGGAAGUGGCUGUAAAGAUCAUCAGGAACAAUGAACUCAUGCAAAAGACUGGUUUAAAAGAACUAGAGUUCUUGAAAAAACUUAAUGAUGCUGAUCCUGAUGACAAGUUCCAUUGCUUACGCCUCUUCAGACACUUUUACCAUAAGCAGCAUCUCUGUCUCGUGUUUGAGCCUCUCAGUAUGAAUUUGAGAGAAGUAUUAAAAAAAUAUGGUAAGGAUGUUGGUCUUCAUAUUAAGGCUGUGCGAUCGUACAGUCAGCAGUUGUUCCUGGCAUUGAAACUCCUUAAAAGAUGUAAUAUCCUCCAUGCAGAUAUCAAACCAGAUAAUAUUCUGGUUAAUGAAUCUAAAACAAUUUUAAAGCUUUGUGAUUUUGGAUCGGCUUCACAUGUUGCAGAUAAUGACAUAACGCCUUAUCUUGUCAGUAGAUUUUAUCGUGCUCCGGAGAUCAUUAUAGGUAAAAGCUAUGACUAUGGUAUCGAUAUGUGGUCUGUAGGUUGUACCUUAUAUGAACUCUAUACUGGAAAAAUCUUAUUUCCUGGCAAAACUAAUAACCAUAUGUUGAAGCUCGCCAUGGACCUUAAAGGAAAAAUGCCAAAUAAGAUGAUCCGGAAAGGUGUAUUCAAAGAUCAACAUUUUGACCAAAAUCUGAACUUCAUGUACAUAGAGGUUGAUAAAGUAACAGAGAGGGAGAAAGUUACUGUCAUGAGCACCAUUAAUCCAACUAAGGACCUGUUGGCUGACUUGAUUGGGUGCCAGCGACUUCCUGAAGAUCAACGUAAAAAAGUACACCAGCUAAAGGACUUGUUGGACCAGAUCCUAAUGUUGGACCCAGCUAAGCGAAUUAGCAUCAACCAGGCCCUGCAGCAUGCAUUCAUCCAGGAAAAAAUUUAAAUGAGAUGAAGAAACUCCAAGGGUUUGAGUAAUUAAAUACAAAGACUGAAGAAAUUUCACAGCAGUUUAUUAUUAAUGUAUAUAAACUUAUAAAUAUUUCUGCAGCAAAUUUGAGGAAGCAUGAUAUAUUUGAAUUAACACCAAGGGUGAUAUUUCUUUUAGAAAUGUUAGUUAAUCUGUUUUGUGUCUUAUGUGAAAUUUCACUGUAGAAAUGUUUUAAUUGCCAAGACUGCACAAAAUUACAGUGCUAAUGUAUAUGGUUGCAGUUCACAUAAAAGACAAAAAGCAUCUGUUAUGAGUAGCAGUGCUGGGUGGUUGAUUUGUUUUUAGCAGACUUGGCUUCAGUUUGGUCUUCAGAUACAAUGGCCAGCAUAAAUGCUGUUUAUAUUCACGUUUUCCUAGGUGUGUGUGUGCAGGCCACAGCAGCAUGCCCUUGGUGUAGUCAGUGCCGAAGGGAGUCUGUUCCUUCUUGAGCCUGCCUGCAGGGAUGUCUCCUCUUUUAAAGCAGGUUGUGUACAACAUUCAGUACACUGAAGGCAUAAACCUUCCACUCUUGAACAAAGCAGCUGCUUUUUAAAAGCGAGAAAAAGGAAAACGGGGCACAGGCCAUUCGACGCCUUCUCCAAGGGGUCUGAUUUGCUGAGACACCAGCUUCACCUUCUUAACAAGGCACCUAAUUACAACAAGCAUGCACAUUUUGGUGCAUUCAAGAAUGGAAUAUCAGAAUAGCAGCAUUCUCCUGGUGGGUUAUGCUCCAUUUAAAGACAUGAAAUGAACUACACAGCCAGGAAGGUGAUAGAUGAGAUAAUACGCCACCUAUGAACCUACACCCGUCUCCUCAUGGUUAGACUUACAGUAAACACACGGUGAUUUCCAGCUCCAGGUGCAGCUCGCUGGAAGACGACGGCAGCCAGAAGACAUGAGCCAAGGUUUCUGUCCCAUGAAAGAUCCUUUCAGUUCUCAUUUAGUGUGUGUCUGAAUUGCAGUUUCAGCAGUAUAGUUUGAGUUCCAUUGCUGUCGUAUUAGAGAGUGCUGUUGUGCCCAUCUGUGAAGUGCUCCUUGUGUAUCAUAGUUUCUGCAGCUACACCCUUCCUCGAAAAUAAAAGAGCAAGUUUAGUCACAAAAAGCCCACAUUUCAUAGUGGUUAGUGUUAGGUCCUAAAGAUCACUAAGAAAACCAUAGCUGCCAGGUUAGUGUACAUUUUAAAGUAAUUUGCAAAUUGGGUGUGGUGGCCACACCUGUGACCUCAGCACGCCUAACGGAUGUGGGGUUCAAAGUCUGCCUGGCCUAUAGGAGCGCCUCUUUUUUUCCUAAAUGCUUUGGCUUUAAGCAAGUGCUUAAAUCAUAAGAGUAACCUAGGAUUUUAACAAGCUGGUCAACUCCUUUAAUAGCUGUCCUUUGUCUUAGUCCUUCAUGACCAGCUUUUUAAUGUCAGAGACAUAAAAUAGUAAUAGGUGUUGGGGAGGUGAGGAAGGUGGUACCAUGCCAUCACUUUCCUCGACCUUAGAGGAACCGGGUGAACUGCAUUAGAUAACCUUCCUUCAGCCCGAUGUGUUAACGUCACUGAGGUAGAAGUUUGGAGUUAUAUAGGACUGUUCUUAGGUUGAGGUCAGUUGUGAAUGAUCCUGUUUGACAGACCUGUGUUUGUGUUUCUGAUUAGCUGGAAAGUUUUCAGGUGGAGCUGACAGGAAGUUUAAGCUUUCAUACUUUAUGACAGAAAUGACAAGUGAUCACCAAACCUGAGGUUCAGAAAACUUUUUUGUUGUUUAGAAAAUUUUUAAAGCCAAAUUUGUGUUCUUUUAAGGAAAUAAAUGAUACCAAGAUACAUGGAUAUUCAUGUGAUCAUUAUAUACAUGGGCAAUUAGUCCAAAGACCUUCUAACACUAUUCUGGGCAGUCCAUGCACACACCUUGAAGAGGUUUCAGAAAACUCUUAAGCAUUUUUUCUGAGGUUAAAGGAGGGACAGCCAGCCAGGAAGCAUCCAUCAUAGAUGUUAGGUCUCUUGGCUACUUUCUCAAGGACCUUCAGAUAUGAGGGAGUUGGGCAGUUCUGAACAGGAGCAGCAUUUUGUUAUAAACAGUGACCUUCCGUGUUUGUAUUUACGCUGACAUCCUGAUUAACAAUGUUCUGUUUCUUCAUUCCCAGUGGCUACUUCCUCAGCUAUUUUAUUUUUAAAAUACAAUGUGAUUUUUAUUUUACCAUUGCAAUUACCAUCUUUUUUUUUUUCCUAACAAGACUAAAUACUCAGGACAUUUUUGGAAUACAAAAUGCAUACUUUAUGGUAUAUAGCAGAGUUAGUGAGAUGUAAUGUAAUGUUUUCAUUCUGACCCCAGGUUGGCAUUUCUCCUCGUCUACUCUAGCAGCUUAGGUAGGAAUAGACUUGGAAAUGAAACAAAGGAAUUACAUGUAUUAAAAUUAAAUUAUUUAGGGAGUGUUUAUUUUCUAGAUAAGAUUGGACAGUGAGAUGUGACAUUAUAUAUGUGAUUUUCCUUUUUAUGAUAGGAUUUGGGCCCUAUAAAUAUUCUGUGGCCAAUAUAUAUUCGACAUGACUUUAUUCUCCUACAUGCGAUCUCCUAAUAUAAAUGUUCACUGCAAAUCAUUUGUAGUUUUUCCACGUCAGUGCUGUAUGCAAAGUUGACUAAGGUUUGAGGUUUUUUUGUUUUUUGUUUUGUUUGUUUGGGUUUCCUUGACAUCUCAUUGUAGCAUCCUUACUGUUUCUUCUUCUGUAUAUAGGGUAAGGGACUGUUCUUCUGAGGAACCAUUCAUUUAGUGAUGAAGAUACAGAAGCUGCUCUGAGGAAAUGUUGUGUAUUCUAAUUGUUCCUGAUAUCAUUUGAGUUGUAACUUACAUUGUAGCAGCAAAUGAUCCCAAACAACUUAAUAGGAAGCUUAAUAAAGUGUGCCUCUUGCUACCA